AUGUUUGGCGGAAUGUCUUUCAUAUUGUUCCUCACCAUCGUGGGUGGGGUGCCAGCACUUCCAUGUUCGAUCUCUCAAUCCGAGAGAAUGUCCCCCUAUUUCAUCCUCGCGGGGGAUAGUACAACCGCUACGCAAUCUUCCAACGGGGGAGGCUGGGGAGAUGGAUUCCUCAACACGACGCUGUUCCAUGGCGCAUCUGGGCACAACUUUGGGCACAAUGGAGCCACGACGGUCAGCUUUCGAGCGGGUGGCGAUUGGGACAAAGUGCUCACGACGGUCCAUGAUCUCCGUUGCGACUAUCAUCCGUUCGUGACGAUUCAGUUUGGCCAUAACGACCAAAAGGCAUCCGCCAACAUCUCUCUCUCCCAAUACACCGCGAAUCUGGAGCAGUUGGUCAAGGACGUCGUCACUGCUGGAGCCACGCCUAUUCUAGUGACACCUCUGUCCAGGCGCACCUACGACAACUCCACCGGAAGAACUCUGAUUAUUGAAAGCCUCACGGAUCAAGCCGCCGCGACCAUCACCGCGGCAAAGAAGAGCGGUGCUCACUUGAUUGACCUAAAUCGCGCCAGCACAAAUUAUUUGAAUGCCAUUGGGCCCGAGAAUGCCCACACGUACAAUUUAAACCCGACUGACAAUACUCAUCUCAAUAUCCAAGGGAGUAUAGUGUUUGGUGGCAUGGUGGCGGGAUUGAUACAGAGCGCAUUCCCAGCGCUGCAUGCACAAGGAUAUCUUCGGGAGAAUCGGCGAUUGGAGCAAGAAAUCCGUCGAGGGAUUUAUUAUUGGCCUUGA